AUGAACUUUGUGUACGUACUUAGUGGAUGGGAAGGAUCCGCUUCGGAUUCAAGAAUCCUUAGAGAUGCCAUUUCACGUCGUAAUAACCUCAAGAUACCAAUUGGGAAUUAUUAUUUAGUAGAUGCGAAUUAUACUAACUGCAAGGGAUUUCUAGCACCAUAUAGGCAUACUCGAUACCACGUACAAGAAUGGGCUCAUGAAUUCGACCCUGAAGAGGACACACUACUUGAAGAGGAGCAAGUGCUUAUUGGAGAUGAUCAUGGUGGUAACGAAGAUAGCGAUGAUGACAUGAUUGAGAGCAUAGAGGGCAGCAAUGAUUGGACUGCUUGGCGAGACAAUUUAGCAAACGAAAUGUACAAUGAUUGGAUGAAUUCCCGAAUCAAUUAG